GGCGCUGCUCCGCGUACCGUCUCCCGGAGCAGAACCGGAACGGAAACACAGCUCCUCACCCCGCCUCGCCUCGCCCGGCCGGGCCGGCACCGCCCCCGCCUCCUCCCUGCUCCCAGUGGCGGACGCGAGUGCCGUAGAUGGGACCUCCCCGGCGUGUCUGGAGAAUGAGUUGAUGUAAUAAACUGUAUAUGGACCAUCAGUGGAAAAUACUGGGUAGAAACCAAUGUGUGCUGGAUCUGGAUCAGUGAUUUGGCGAUGGUCAAACGCCACUCUUCCAAUGUUUUUGUGGACAGACUUGCGUACAGAACUGCUUUUGUAAAAAUGCACCUAGUUAAGAAUGAACACCAGAGAAGUGCUGCGAUAGACAUGGGCCUCAUGUCGUGUUGGUUUCCUGUUUAUAACCAGUAGGCACAGCAACGGAGUGAUGACCGCGUGCCAAGUGCCAGCUGCCCUUAUUCACCAGAUUCAAGAAGAACUGGAUAAAGAAGAAGAAGAGAUGAUGGUUUUCCUGUGCCGAGACCUUGCUCCUGACUUGGCCACUGCUGAUCUUAGAGAGAUCUUGGCAGCUUUGAAUGAGAGGGAGAAACUGUCUCCUGUUGGCUUGUCUGAGCUGCUGUACAGAGUUAAAAGGUUUGACUUACUGAGGAGGAUCUUGAACACUGAGAAAGCAACAGUGGAAGCUCACCUUACCAGGAGUCUCAGACUUGUCCCUGAUUACAGGGUGCUAAUGGUAGAAAUAAAUGAGAAUCUGGAAAAAGAGGAAGUGGGUUCUCUUCUUUUUCUACUUAGAGAUUAUACACCUCGGAUGAAAAUGGCAAAAGAUAAGAGUUUUCUAGCUCUUGUAAUUGACCUGGAGAAACUAAAUUUGGUGGCUCCUAAUCAACUGGAUUUGAUAGAAAACUGUUUUCAAAGUAUUCACAGGAUAGAUUUGAUUAGGAAGAUUCAGAACUACAAACACAAAGCUUUAAUGUCCUCCGUUCAUUCUCAGCCAGUGUAUGUAAAUGCACGCCCAGCAUCUCUCACUAAUCUCAAUCUGAUUGAUCCUCCUUACAAUUCAGGGAUUCAGAAUGGGAGCAAAGAAAAAUUACAAAAUGGACUAAAUCAUACCCUGGCAGAACCAGUUCCCAUGUCCAUUCAGGAAUCGGGAUCAGCGUCACAUAAGGGGACUGAUGAACCUUACAGAAUGCAAAGUCAACCUUUAGGAAUAUGCCUGAUCAUAGACUGUAUUGGCAAUGAUGCAGAUGUGUUGGAAGAGACCUUCAGAGGCUUGGGCUAUGACGUUCAUUGUCACAGAUAUUUAAAUAUUGCCACCAUGAAGCAAACAUUGCUUGACGUUGCAAGUUUGCAGCAGCACAGAAAUUAUGACAGCUUCAUUUGCAUAUUGGUCAGCCGUGGAAGUCAUCAGGGCAUCUUCUGUACAGACAUUACCUGUUCUGGAUUCCCUUUGGAACAAAUAAAAAAUUACUUCACACCAGACUCAUGUCCUGGACUCCUAGGAAAACCAAAGCUUUUUUUUAUUCAGAGCUACAUUGUGCCAGAAAACGAGCAAGAAUGUACUAGUCUGUUGGAAGUAGAUGGGAAUGAUAAAAAUAUCGUUACUAAAGUCAUUAUCCCCCGAGGAGCAGACAUCUUUUGGAGUCAUUGUAAGGUGGAUGCGUCUACACUAGAAAAAUCCUCAACUUCAUGCUCAUAUUACCUGCGUUGUCUGGCUGAGCUACUCCGCGAUCCUUACAUAAGGAAACUCACCAUAUCAGAUAUCCAUACGGAACUGAACGGAAGAGUUUAUAAAUGGAAUGAGACCGCUGAGCCAUGCCAACAAUACUCACUUCUGCUCCAGCACACACUGACGAAGGAACUUUUUCUUUUUCCUACUUAACUGCUCUUGGAAAGGACAUAUCUGAAGUUUCUAACAAGAAGUAUUUAAUAUGAUCCGAACAGUUUCACACA